GAAAAGAAGCCGGGUGCGGAGAAUACAAAAUUUCCAACCGGGUCAAUAUAGAUUACUUUCCUCUUCUUCUCCAAACUCGAAAAUCUCAGCUUUACGUAAAUCAGAAUCAUCCUUAGGGCUUUUCCGAUUAGGCUAAAUCGGAUUCGAAACUUGCUCACGUCGCACCUUUCGAUUCUACAAAGAUGUUUCAGAACGGGAAGCUGGUCCCACCGAAUAUGCACCAGUACCAGAACAGCACGAGGCUCCUCAAUCUCAAAGUCCUCCGGCGAAUCGAUCCGUUCAUCGAGGAAAUCCUCAUCACGGCAGCUCACGUCACCUUAUACGAAUUCAACAUUCAGAAAAGUGAAUGGAGUCGUAAGGAUGUUGAAGGAUCUUUGUUCGUCGUCAAAAGAAAUAGACAGCAGCCUCGGUUUCAGUUUAUUGUGAUGAAUCGACGUAAUACAGAUAACUUGGUGGAAGAUCUACUGGGAGAGUUUGAGUAUGAAGUGCAAGGUCCAUAUUUGCUUUACCGUAAUGCGGCUCAAGAAGUUAAUGGCAUUUGGUUCUAUAAUCAAAGUGAAUGUGAGGAGCUUGCACGUCUCUUCGACAGGUUACUUAGCGCAUAUUCCAAGGUUAACCAGAAGCCAAAUACUUCAUCUUCAAAACGGGAGCUUGAGGAAUUGGAAGAUGUGCCUACAGUGUCAGUUAUGGAUGGUUCUCUUGAACCGUCUUCAAGUGGUAGAGAUACCCCUAAUGAUCCUGCUUUUGUCAACUUCUUCAGCUCAGCGAUGGCUCUUGGGUACACUACGAGUGGAUCAGCAAGUGGACCACCAUACCAAUCAUCGGCAAAUCCUCACCAACCCACCGUUUCCCCUGCGGCAGCUGCACCUCCACAGAUACUAUCACCACCGCCUCUACCAUCCUCCUCUCCUCUAAUGCCUCUUUUUGACAACAAUCCUAAUCGUAUCAGUAGCAACAACUCCAAUGUUCACACAGAUUUGGUGACGCCGUCCUCUUUCUUCAGCCCCCCACGGAUGAUGGCACAACCACACCUCGUUCCUGGCUCAUCUAUGCCUCCUCUGAACCUUAAUAAUCCGACUUACCAGCAGGACCUACAUGGCACUCCGAUGCUCCAGCCUUUCCCACCACCAACUCCACCACCAUCACUCGCUCCUACACACAAUGGCCCAGUUAUCAACAGAGACAGAGUCAAAGAAGCCUUGUUAGCUCUGGUUCAGGAGAAUGAAUUCAUCGACAUGGUGACCCGAGCUUUACAAAAUGCACAUCAACCAUCAAGCUGAGAAGGGCCGGCGUCUUCGGAUAGGGGGUUUGAUGUAGAAUGUAUAGUUAGAACGUAGUGUUGUUCUCUUUGAUACCUUUUGAGCAAAGUGUUGAUGGAACCUUCUUAUAACCAAACAUUUUUGUCCAUAUUGAAUGAAACAUCAAGCAUAGCAAAGAAAGAAAGCUUAGUUUUUGACUAA